GAUGAACUGUCCACUGCGUCAUUGCGCUCAAGCAUUCGCGACUAUCACAUGAUCAAUGGCCGUGGAUAUCAUCGAGAUGAGAGCAAGUCGGAAUCUAAUCAAUACUAUCUUCCCAGCGACGAAGCUUACGGCAACUUGGCAGAUCUUCAGAACCACCAGCUUCUCCUGACAUUUGGCGGCAAGAGGUAUUUCGCUCCCAACGCCGAGACGGCCAAAAGAGUUCUUGAUGUUGGCACGGGCACAGGAGUGUGGGCGGUCGGGUUCGCCGACGACCAUCCUCAUGCUCAGGUCUUUGGCAUCGAUAUUGCCGCUAUCCAGCCGACUUUUGUCCCUCCAAACUGCACUUUUGAGAUUGAGGAUGCCGAGAAGGAUUGGACUUGGAGUGAAAAGUUCGACUACAUCUUUGUACGCCUCAUGGUCGGCAGCUUGGCCGACUGGGACAAGUUUACACGCAAAUGCUUUGAAAACUUGGAACCCGGAGGCUGGCUUGAAGUCAUUGACCCAACUUUCCCCGCCAAAUCAGACGACGGAACACUCAAGCCCACCUCACCCUUGAACAAAUGGGACGAACUAACGUCUAAGGGCGCCGCAAACCUCGGAAGACCCUUCGACGAAGGCGUAAACCACGAAAAGCGCCUCAAAGAGCAGGGCUUCGUCAAUGUGACGCGAAAGACGUUCAAGUGGCCCAUCAACACUUGGCCCAAGGAUCCAAAGUACAAGGAGGUUGGGCUCUGGACACUGGCCAACAUUGAGAGGAACCUUGAAGCUAUCAGCACUAUUUUGUUGGCGCAUGGACUUGGCAUGAGUCAGGAUGGGAUUUUGGUUUUCCUUUCUGAGGUGAGGGCUGAAAUGCGGAAUCCGAGGGUUCAUGCUUAUUGGGAAGUGUAA